GCAAAAGCACUAAAAUGGUGGCUUUUCCUCUCUAACUUUUUUUCACUGCAGGAAUACUUUUAUAAAAUUUUUCCCAUGUGAUUCUCUGUGCAGUUUCUUUACAUCUGUCAGGAACCACCAACUGCAGUCUCAAAGAAGGUAAUUUUCUUUUUGGCAGUUCCUAGUUAUAGCUUCAUACUGCAGCUGAUAAGAGCCUUUUUCUUUUUUUCUUUUUUUUUUUCACUUCAGCUUGUUCUUUGUUAUUAAAGGGAGCUUGCAGUAUGCUUCUGAAAUUUUGAGAGAGGGUGUAGAAAAAAUUGUUCCUGAUGUUCUCUAAUAGAUUUGAAAAAAGUGGAAAUGAAAGAAAAAAAAAAUUACUUGACACCCACCCUGUCUGGCCUCUUGGAAAAAUAACAGUAUGUGGGAUUUUGAUAUUUUUCCAUUAUGUGUUCUUGUCAGCUGUUCAGCCCUUAAAAUGAAAGCAUAAUAAAAACUAAGAAUUUGGUUGGGAGGAAAAAUUAAGGUUUUUGUUAUUUCCUGGCAUUGUAAAAAGAACAAGUGUUCAAACAAUCUGGAAUGCUGCCUGAAUGGAAGAAAUUGCAAAGGAAGGGAAAAGGCUUUUUUCAUGAAUGGCAGUGCUUUCUGUCUUGUGUCAGAGUACACAUCUUGUCUAAGCCCGUGCUCUGUGCAAAGGGGCACACUAGGAGCUUUUCCCUGUUAACCAUUCCACAAGGGAAAUUUAGCUCUGCUUUCACCUUUGUCCAGUUGAGAUCUGUCCUUGCCCUCUGAAUGCUUUGGAUGACUGUGACUCAGCAGAAUUACUGUGCAUGAGUGAAAUGUGAAAGGUUUUAUGUCUUUACUUAAUUGAUGAUAAAAAAAUCAAUGCAGCAAACCUUUGGGAAUAGAGCGCCAGAGGCCUGAGAGGCUACAUGAGCAACCUGACACCAAAUUUAGCAUCAAAACUAUUACUUUAGGUAUGAAAGAAAGUAAAUUGCAUGUUUAGCUUUAAUCUAAGCAGGAGACAGGUGAUGCUUCUUCAUAGCCACAAACAUGUAGGCGCUGUGGUGUGGUGAAGUGAGACAGCGUGGGAAGCUAUUGACAGGAUUUCAUCCUGACUCAGCUAAAGGAGUUGCCCACAGAAAGCUGUUCCAAGUUUCACUGCUGGUACAAAAAUCUGUUCUGAUAUGAUGAUACAUAGCAUUUUUGCACAGCAACAUAUCAAGCCACAUGGUUCUUCAAGACCUCGUGAUCUUACUAAAUAUUUAAGUUGGUCUAAAGGUUAAAAAAACACUGCACUUCAAUACAGAAAAUUAUUUUCCAAGAAAGUAAUUAUUACUAAGUCAGGUUAAAGGAAACUAAGCUAAAAUAUCAUUCAAACCCAGAGUACUGGGGGCUAAUUGAGGAAGUACUCUAUUUUUAUUGAGUAGUGAGUCUAAUUUUACUCAAGGGCAGGAAAUAAAAUGCCUUAUAUUUAGACUGCCAUUUUUAUUUCUGAGAGCUGUGUCUAAGAUUUAACUUCGAGUAGAUGAAAAUACAGGUUAGGUUGUAUAUCCUGUCUCUAUAUCUCAAGUGCAUAUUAGUACAUUUUAAAAAUUCAGAAAAAAAAAAAAAGGUGUGCAAAGAUGCAUUUUACAGGCAUGAAUCUGUUGUGAAGAUGCUCUUUGCCUGUGAUGAGACUACAUUAGAUUAUGUUUGUAAUUACAAGGAUAAGUUUCAAAGCAAAACCAAACAUGUAGUUGCUUUUCUCACUGAUUAGUGUCUGGCUACAUUUCCUUCAGUAAAGAAAAGAACCUGAUUAUUAGCUCAAAUUUCACAACAACCCUAGGCUUCUUGAGCAGGUUUAUGACAAGUCAGUGGAGGAAAAAAUUAUAAAUAAACAUUCUCAAUAGGUUACUUUUGACUAUAAAUUCUGGUAAGGAUGCUGGGUUAUUUCUUUCAACUGAUACAAUUUUAGGUGUUGUCUUUUAAAUUCCUCUUUAAGUAAGUUAUUUCUGAGGGCCUUGGAUUACUUCUAGCAGUCAAAGACAUUCAAGAGCACAAGAGCACAUCCAUUCUUCAGUUCUAGUUCAAGAGCUGACUUCACUUAAAUGCUGAUCAGCUGACCUAGAAUAACAGUAUCAGGCUACUUUUCAUGUUUGGUGACAAGAAUUUUUUAUGUCACCUGUCUGUUAAAAAUGUUUAGUAUCUGGAAACAGCUCAAAUCUAUUACUCUAUGCCUACAGCCAUGAAAAGAAUGAAUUAGGAAACUAGAUGAAGACAUAUUCUUGUCUUGAAAGCAUGAAAAGGAACAGGCUGAAUAAACAUAGAGAUGAUUAUGAAAGAGGAUGCUGAAUUAUUGCAUGCACUACAAACACUGAUUUAAUUUUGUCUGUUUAUGAAUACUCUGUAUCCAGAGGCUUUUGUAAUAGUAAUAAUCACUUCUUGCAGAAUGUUUCCCUGAGAAGUGGCACAUCAGCACAGCCACAUGCAGUGAGUUUCAUAGACAGAGGUUAAUUGCCCAGUAUCACAGGACAGCUAGUGCCAAUGCCAAAAAUAAAAACAGUCCUGCUGCUCAGGUUAAAGCAGCAAGGAACAAGUUGUCUAUGACUGAAGGAAGUUUUAUAUAGAUAUAACUGUACCAGCACCCAUCAGACAGCUUAGCAUCGACAAUGUGAGUUAUAACAUAGCAGUCAAAUCCUUUGUUUUGUAAGUUUUCUUUAGAUACAGUAGCACAGUAGCAUCUACAGUUCUACAUCCUCAUAGAGGUGGAUGGGCAAGCCCACAAAGCUGUCCUGUCACACAGGCACACCUACUGACACAUGCUGGGUAAAAAAGAUUUGGCCAUUUGGGCAGCAUCCUUCAAAGGAAAAGAAGCAUUAAAUAUACUUUAGGUCACGCUGGCUUGUUUUUUUCCAGAUUUGUCUUCACAAGCUAAUAAUGCUACAUGAUGAAAGUAGCUUUGUUGUAUACAGCAAUGUUUAUGUAACGACUGAAAGCUGGAAGAGGAAGGGAGAAAAGAAAUCUUAAGUAUUAACUGACUGGAUAAACUGAGCUGGUAUUGAAAAGAUUAAACCCAAAAUUUGCACAGUAUUACGCUGGUAAUUUGUUUAAUAUCUUCUUAAUGAGCAAAAAGAUGCUGUCAGUUGCCAGACUUCUCACAGGUGGUAAUUGUAAAUGCAAAUAUACUAUCUCAGCAUAUCUGUCCCUGGAGGACUACUUUUGCAUUCAUUUUUAGUAAAGGCUUCACAUGGAUGUUAAUGCAUCCAUCUCUCUACUGAAAAUAUUGCCAUUAAUGCUGGGGCAAUUACAAAGAAGAAAAAGCUGGGAUAUUUUAUGCACUUUAAAGAUGGACACAUGAAACAUAGAUUAAGUAAUCUGUAUGUUCAUGAACAAAGGUCUGGAACCUGAAAGGUAAGUCUGUGGAAGAGCAUAUAAAACUAUCACUAUAAUUUGUAUUUCAGGAGCUCUGAAGUUGUGUAAAUCAUGGUAUUAAACUGGCUGGUUUUGCUCAUACAGGAGAAUUUCUAGACAAAUACCACAUAAAAAAACCCCAAAAAAGAAGUCAAGUGCUGUCAAACCCACUCAGGUUUUUGCAAAAACCCAAAAAGUGUGUAUGUAAUUAGAACCAUAUUUUGCCCAGUAAAAUGUUAUUUUUGUUACCUCCUGAAAUAUAACAGUGUCCAUAUCACUCAGAUCCUGUGUUUCUAGGGAAAUACUCAUGCCAUAUGCUGGAAAGUUAGGGAAUUUUGUGAGUAAUUUUUUCAGUAGCAUUUUCAUUUGCUGUUUUUUAUAUGUUAAAUUCUUUCAUUUGUUCUUUUGCAGAGGUCUGCAGGUAAAUAUAAUACAGUUCAAAUGCACUUGCAGUGUACAUGAUACACUCCUGUUCAGUAGCCAGGAGAUCUGGCAACUGAUGGCAUCCUUUUGUACACUAAGAAGAUAUUUAACAAAUUGCCAGUAUAAUUUGGUAUAAAUUGUGGGUUUAAUCCUUCCAAGUGAAACAUCAACUAAGUUUAUCCAGUCAGUUAACACUUAAGAUUUCUUUUCUCCCUUCAACUCAUUGCUUAAUCAUGCUAAUCUUAUGAUAUGGUUGACUGUGACAAGAAAUAAAUUAAAGUCAGAUCAGUUCAAGUGGAUUACAGAUGGUUUAAGAUUUCUGGCUUGAAAAUAAUGAAAUAAUUCCACAUUUUCAGUUCAUUGGACAAAUCUCUAGCUUGCACUGCCUUAGAUCACAUUAUAAAUGUGUCUUUAGACACUUUGUAAUUACAGGGGACCAACAUUUCUGCAAGGGAUAAUGUAGCAUAACUAUCCAAUAUUAAACCAAAAAUCAUUAUGGAAUUAUUCUUUAACUACACAAAACCUUCUGCAUCUUCCAACACCAUGCAGAGAGCAGGAUUGUCCUCUAGGUUUUACUCUUAAAAAAUCCAUUUUUUUUAUCAAUAUGAUGUGAGAAAAAAAAUACAGUAUUUAGGCAUAAAAUAUUCUCAACUAUAUAUAGCUAAUACUUGCUAUGUUACUACACCAUAGCUAAUGCCCACUCUGAAAAAACAGAACUCAUCUUGCAUAGGAAAUACAGUCUCUUGCUCUUCCCUCCUCAGCUCUGUGCUGAGGGGAGUAGAACAUUUCAGCCCAGAUCCUCCCCAGGGAGCAAAUGUGAGUAAGGACUUUCAUCUGCACAAUUUGGCGAGACCAGGCAAGAUUUUUUUUAUUCCAGUGAUGACUCAGGCAUAACUUAUUCACUUGGAAAUUAAAAUGUUUUUCAUUUAUUCAUUUCCCAAAAUGAGAGGAUGCCAGGGCUGCAGAAAUGCUGGAAGUUCAUAAGUACACUGGUGUGCCAAGUACAAAAGUGUCUAGUGCUGGAGGAGCAGGGAAAUACCUUAUGUUUCUUCACUUGGAUGUGCAAAAUUAGUGAAUGUUUUCAGAUCAUGGCAAUGUUACUGUACUCAGACUCCUGUUCUCUGAUCUGUGGCAUGAGGACAACACAAACAUCUGCUGAAGCAUUUUUGAUGGAUUAUAGGGUGUUAGAGUAACAGGAAUAGCACGUAAACAUAUCAAAUGAAACUAUUCAUUAUCAAAAUUAGAGCUUAGAUCAGACUGAGUGUGAUCUAUGACCUCAUACCGAGUAAGAAAAAUACAAAUGCAUGUUGAAUAAACAGUGCCAGCUGGUCUUAAUAAUGUGUAGAAAAAUAGUAUCUUGUCAAACAUAUAUAUACAGGAUUAAUCUAAACCAAGGAUCAAGGGGCAAUUUUCAUUUUAGAGUUCCCUUAGAUAUUUCUUCCCUUUGAAAGCUUUUCAGUUGUUUUAAUGUGUUUUGAUUGAGCAAAUAUGCACACGGUUUUUCAGAUAGUGUUGUAUGAAAUUACACCCAGAAUUAAUUGCAGCCUUUCCCAUGCUUUCAAUUCAAAGUCUAUACAAAACCUGACUCGAUUUUUCAGCACCCUCUAGAGUAAGCAGAAAGAUCCAGCAGCCUUUCCUUUCAUAGCUAAAGUAAUGCCAUCCUUUUUUUGCCAUUUUGUUGGAUUUUCUGAUACUCUGAACCUUUAAAAAUAUUAUGGAAGUAUUGACACAUGAUAAAUUAUUAAAUAAGUGUUCAUAUUAUAAAAACAUUCCUUCAGGUACUUUCACAUAAAAACCUUACUUCAGAAAACAAAAGCCAAUCAAACCAAUUGUAACCUGGCAACCAGGGACAAUAUUCCUACUGAAGUGUAACUUUACAAGCCAGUGGCUGAUGCUUUACCCACUGCAGUGGGAGUCUCUGGGUAGCUGCAGUGGGAGUCUCUGGAAGAAGAGCUGCAAGGUUUAGCCAGUUCUGUGUUCAUCAAUCUUACUAGAAAAUUGAGUAAUCGUCUACAUGAGGGUGGGUCAGCUCCUUCUGCCUCUCUCACAGAUCCUCCACUGUGCUCUCUACUGUCUGUCUUCUCUUUACAGUUUUCUGUCUUUUUACACUGGGGCUUUAUAUCUUGGAUUCUUGACUUGCUCAUCUCAAUACUGUCACUUUUUAAUGCAAUUUUAAUUCUCAUAAUUUAAUGAGAUUUUCAGUAAUCUGAGCUAAAUGCAUGGAGCUCAAGCCUAGCCCUUGGGUCACAGACAGCUAAGUCCAUGGGAGAUUAAUAACAAAUUAUAAGAGCCCACUGGUGUUUCCCCCAUGCCCCAGCCUGCUCUGAUCUCACACUUCAGCCCAGCCCAGCUCAGUCCCCAGCUGAGCUCUCCCAGGCAGGUUAUGCCAGUGCUGUGAAAGGCAACACCAUCUACAGAGCUCCCAGUGCUCAUCCAAGUGUAACUCCAGUGCCCUCCCAGAGCACGUCUGGGCUGCUUUGUUGGUGUUGCUAAAACACCAGAAUUCAGCUGCAGCAAGGACCCAACAAACAGCAGUCACCAAUAACUCCUAGUGGGAAGUUGAGGGUUAUGAAAGUUAGUUUUCUGUUUCUAUGACAGUAAAUUUUGUCUUUUAGGGUGGCAAUAAACUGCCAAGAAAAGGUCACCAUUUCCCUCUCAGUUUACAGUGUUAAUUCAUUAUUCAUCAUACAGAAUUAGAGAGCUUAACUGAAGGUCUCGGAGAGAAGUCUCAAGCAGUACACCAUAGAAGUUCACUAGCUAAGAUGCUGUUGAUUCUUUAAAAGUGAGAUAUAACUCACUCUAAAAAAAGCAGUUUGACAGAUUUUUUCCCCAAAGCAUGCUAAUUUUUUUGCAAGAACAAUAUAAGAAUAAUUGAACAUGGGCUCGAUGUCUGGAAGCUACACUUGAUACAGAGCUUUUUAUUAUUAUCAUUAUUAAUGUCAUAAUAUGUUUGCUGCUGCAACCAAAAACUUCGUUAAACAGGUUGGUGAUGGAGGAAGAUUAGUUCCAGUGCCCAGCCUCAGUGAAGCUGACAGAUACCAACCUCUGAGCCUUGUGAUUAAAAAAAGAAAAUGUUUGCUUUCAAAAAAAUCUAAAUUUGCUUCAACACCUUUCACAUUAAAAGACAUUCUUCAAGGGGAGAAAGAAAUUUCUGCAGGUGUCUCGUCUUACCAGUUGCUCAACUAUGAAGACAAAUCAGAUGUUUCGCUUAAUGGCAGAAGAGGAAAUCAGAUAAUGAAUGAUGUUGGUUUUGAUGUUGCUGGAUCAGAUUCUGUUGCCUUUAAAGCUUCUUUUGGCAUAGUGACCAAACACGAAGUCGAAGUACCAACAUUACUUAAAGAACUCACUACAAGAAAAAUAAACUUUGAUCAUUGCCUAGUCCAGCAAUCAAGAAAAAGUAGGAUGGAAAUUUUGUGUGUGGUCAUGGAAAGUAUUCGAACUACAAGGCAGUGCUCAUUAACUGUCCAUACUGGAAUGCGUGGAGAGACAAUGAGGUUUCACAUAAUUGAAGAUCAGAAUUAUAAAGGGCGGGACAAAGCCAUUGUUUUUCCUGCACAUACAACUAUUGCUUUUAGUGUAUUUGAACUCUACAUUCAUUUGGAUGGUAAUUUCGAACUUUGUGUGACUCCAAUUGCAAAAGGAGGAUUUGAAAGAGAGAAAUCUGGAUCAUCUUCACUGACCAAAUUCAGGAGAUUAAAGAAUAAUCUGUUUCAUCGAAAUAAAGGAGUAGUGGAAAUCGUUGCUAACUCUGAUCCUUACUUGGAGGACCUUUUUGCAGAUUAUUAUGAAAAAGCUGCAAGCAUGACUGAUCUCUCCACAAGCUAUCUCAGAGACGGUUCUCAUAUCCGAAUUAAUUUACUUAAUAACAACAUCCCCAAAGGGCCCUGUGUCCUUUGUGGAAUGGGAAGUUCAAAAAGGGAGACAGUCUAUGGAUGUGUGGAGUGCUCUUUUAAUGGACAGAAGUACGUACGCCUGCAUGCCGUGCCCUGUUUUGACCUCUGGCAUAAGAGAAUGAAGUAACUGAUCUGGGAAAGUGCCUGUUAUCACAGACAUGGGCAUAACUGUGCCACAAACUUUCUGGAGUUAGUGAAUAUGUCUCCAAUUGAGAAAUGCAAAACAAUGGAAGUGCAAAACAUUUUAUUAUGCUGUUAUCUUCAAAUUCUUUGCUUCACAGUCAACCUCUACUUUAAAAUGCACAUGAAUUUCCUGACAUUGCUGUUUUUUGUAGAACUUUCUCAUUAUCAUAAUUAAAAACAUACUUUUAAAUAGUAUUUUCUAAUGUCAAAAUAUAUGCUAGAACUUAAAGUUGUUUAUACAAACUUAUUGUUAAACCCCAAAAUGUUGCCUUUCUUUACACUGGCAUAUGAUGGUUAAAUGAGAAUAUUUGUUAAUAAUUUAGUGUUCUCAUGAAUGUUUAAUUGAAGUAUCAGAUUAAAAACCAUGCUAAAACUUA